AAUCAAGGCCGCCAUUCCGAUUGGCCAGAAGCCAACCAUCGCCGAAUCCGACAAGGACAAGUAAAUGACUUAAUUAUUCAAAAUAUUAACAACAGCAAUUUAAUAUUAUCAUUGCAAUUAUUAAAACUUAAGAAAAACCAACUAAAGACCUUAAUUAAAAGGCGUAUACACUCUUUCUCACACAUAAACUUAAACUAUAUACAUAUGACCUUCAGGAUGGUAGAUAAUGAAAUAAUUGAGAGUGUUUAUAAAAAAUAACUAACAAAUAACAACAACCAAUAUUAGAAAGCGAGAAGAAACCCAAUCAUAAAAAAUUCACGGUUUAAAUGAUAAAUUUAAUUAGAUAACAGAAACAAACUAUAAAUUUCACGCAUAGCAAACUUGCAAGAGAAUGUGAAGAAGACCUAACCUCCUAUGUUCCAUUCUUCUAAUGGGAAAUCAUUAUUUUUAUUUGUACUGAAUUGAAUUUACAGCGUGGGUAAAAUUUCGUUUUUAUUUGCUAAUGAUUUAUUAUAUUUAUUAUGUAUAAUAACUACCACAUAAUUGUAACUACAUAAAUACAUACAAUGCUAUAUUCGGAAAACUACUUGUUAUAUUCUCAAUAGUGUUUUAUGAGUACACUUAUUCUUGUUUGAUUGUAUGUAAUGUUUUUAAAAUUAUAUAUUUUAUAUACAUAUAAACUGUUAAAUGCAAGUAAAAGCCACACUAUAUUUCCUACGUAUGUAUAUGUUUGCAUAUUAAUCAACAACGCCUACUAAUUUAACAAAAUGAUAAUAAACUGUUUUCGGUUAUGUGUAGUUUUAAACGUGAAUAUAUUUGUACUUCUCAAAUCCUUGCCUACGAGCUAAGAUUUCGCCGAACAAGUCACAAAAAUCUGUAAAAGAUCCGCUAGCGUAAAAUUUAUGAUACGUGCAAACGGGCUCAAAGCGAUUGUUUUCUACAUUAGAUCUAUGAAAAAAAUUCAACAAAAAGAAAGCACAUACUACAUACUGAUGAUAAUGUUAUAAUACUAUUACUCAAAGAAGUAAUAACUUAGAAUUUAAUGAAUUCAAAUGAGUAUCUAAUAAAAACAAUAUCUCCAAAGUCCAA